AACACGCACCCCACGUCCCUUCCAAAUUCAUUGCACCCUAAAAAACAAACGACCUCCAUUGAUUUUCUCCCCCCACGAAAAACACAGUCAACAAUAGAACCCAAAAUCGCUUUGCCAGUAAACUUUAUUGAGCUUUUUUUUUUUCCUUUUUCCUUUCUUUUUUUUUUUAUUUUUUGUAUGUGAUUUUCUCCUCGGAUUUCUAUUCCACGAACCAUCUUUCCAUUUUCUCUUCUGGUUUGAUCUGGGAAGAAAAAGAGAGAAAAAAAAUGGUUCGUGCAAUGGAACAGGAACAGGAAAGCUACAGGACGAGGCUGUUCAACUUCAAAUGGAGGAAUAAUGAGGGCAAUAACAACAACACGGGGAAACACGGGAAGAGUCUGAGCGUGGAGACAGGCUUGGAUGAGGCGGCUUCCGGGAAUGUUGGAGCUUUGUAUAACGAUGAUGAGAAGGGGCCAUUUCCGUCAUCAAGGCCCUCCUCCACGGACGAAGCUGCUCUCGCCGCUGCUCUCGCCAGAGAAAAACAGCUUCUUGCGGACUUGGAGCAGAUGAAAGAGAGAUUUGCAAAACUGCUACUGGGAGAGGACAUGUCAGGAGGCGGCAAAGGAGUUUCAUCAGCACUUGCUCUGUCCAACGCCUUCACUAACCUCGCAGCUUCUGUGUUUGGAGAGCACCGGCGAUUGGAACCGAUGCCAGCAGAGAGGAAAGCACGAUGGAGAAAAGAGAUAGAUUGGCUUCUCUCCGUCACUGAUUACAUCGUCGAGUUCUCUCCUUCCCAGCAGAAAAGCAAGGACGGAACAAACAUGGAGAUAAUGACGACACGCCAAAGAAACGAUCUUCACAUGAACAUCCCUGCAUUGAAGAAACUAGACGCUAUGCUUAUCGAUUGUCUGGACAACUUCAAGGACCAUAACGAGUUCAGUUAUGCCUCGAAAGACGAAGCGGCAGCAGCAGAGUCCGAGACGAGAAACGACUACAAAUGGUGGAUUCCAAAGGUGAAAGUACCAGAGGAAGGGCUAUCAGAGUCGGCCAGGAGGUUCUUGCAGCACCAGAAAGACUGCGUCAACCAGGUUCUCAAAGCAGCUAUGGCCAUUAACGCACAGGUUUUGUCUGAGAUGGAGAUCCCUGAGAGCUACAUAGACUCACUCCCCAAGAACGGGAGGGCGAGUCUGGGGGAUCAACUGUACAGGAACAUAACGGUGGAGUUCUUCGAUCCGGACCAGUUCCUGAGCACAAUGGACAGGACGUCGGAGCACAAGAUGGUGGACCUGAAGGACAGGAUAGAGGCGUCGAUUGUGAUAUGGAAGAGGAAGAUGAACCAGAAGGACAGCAAGACAGCGGCAUGGGGAGCAGGGGUUAGCCUGGAGAAGAGGGAGCUCUUCGAAGAGAGAGCAGAGACGAUUCUUCUGAUUCUGAAGCAGCGGUUCCCUGGGAUCUCUCAGUCGACGCUUGAUAUAAGCAAGAUCCAGUUCAACAAGGACGUGGGACAGGCGGUGCUGGAGAGCUACUCGAGAAUACUGGAGAGCUUGGCCUACACUGUUCUGUCCAGAAUCGAGGAUGUCUUGGCGGCCGACAGAGCGGCCACUCCCAGCCCCCGAGACUCUGAGAACAUGACUCUUCUGGAUUUCAUGGGAUGGGAUUUCGAACAUGCCAAGAAAGAUUGCUCCGAUGAUCUUCACAAGGAGAAGGAGAAGAUUUCCAUUAACGUCGUCACCCCCAAGAAGAGUUCCUACCUCGAAACCCUAGGCGGCGUCAGGAGUCCCACCGCCCGCCACUGACUCUUCCCUCUCCAUCCAUCCUUAGGCCAAAUCCCUAAUCGACGAACGAACCCACAAGAAAAAAAUUGGACCUUUUCUCAAUUUUGGAAUUCGGAAGUACAUGCAUGCAUAUAAUAUAUAUAUAUACA